AUGUCCACUCCACUCCCCAUCGACGUCCUCCCUACCUGGACACGGUUCAACAAUGUUGAGCUCGACGGCAUCCAGGUGGGACAGGUAGAAGGAAAGGGUCUCGGGUUCGUGGCAGACCGGGACCUCACCACCGACAAGGGACCGCCAACACUGCUCAAGAUCCCCCGGGAUGCCGUCCUGUCGGCAGAAGCAGUUGGGGACUAUGCAAAGGUGGAUCGCAAGUUCCGAGAGCUGCUUGAAGGCAUGGGCCACGAGACGCCAAGGAUUGCCGUCAUGUUAUAUCUGCUGGCCCAUUACAGAGCUCCCGCCGGCGGAGCCGGCUCGCAUAAAGGGAUCGCCUCUACCCCAUGGACCGAGUACAUCAGAUUCCUCCCGCGUCAAAUCCCGACUCCCACCCUGUGGACGGAGGAGGAGAGGCUUCUCCUGCGGGGCACAUCGCUCGAGAAAGCCGUGAAUGCAAAACUAGCCACCCUAGUCUCCGAGUUCGAUCACUUGCGCGAGGUCAGCGCAGACUUGCCGUUUUGGCAGUCGCUGCUGUUUGGGGAAGAUGCCAUCACAGUCAAGGAUUGGGCACUAGUUGAUGCGUGGUAUCGAUCCCGCUGUCUUGAGCUCCCGAACGCAGGAGACAGCAUGGUGCCCUGCCUCGACAUGGCUAACCACUCAGACGCCCCAAAUGCUUAUUAUGAGGAGACGGCCGAUGGAGAGGUGGUGUUGGUGCUCAGACCUGAAUCCACAGCAUCCUGUGGGGGUGAAGUUACCAUCUCUUACGGGGCGGCGAAGUCGGCCGCGGAGAUGCUCUUCAGUUACGGUUUCAUCGACAGGAGCACGGCCAAGGAGGAGAUUACGCUGGCGCUGGACCCGUUGGCCAGUGAUCCUUUAGCACAGGCAAAGGUUCACGUCUACGGGCGAUCACCCCUAGUGCGGCUCACUCGGGCCAAGGGGGCGGCCGUGAGCUGGCAUAGCCCCUUUGUUUACCUGAUGUGCGUCAACGAGGAGGACGGGCUCGAGUUCAAGCUCCUGCAGGACAACGCCGGGGGAAGAGAGCUCAGAGUCUUCUGGCAGGAUGAAGAUGUGACGAGCAAGAUUGACGACUUCGAGUCGCACGUCCAGAUGCAUGAUCUUCACUCUGUGUUUCAGCUCAGGGUCGUCUCUGUCCUGCAGCAGCUGGUCGAGGCACAGCUGGAGCGAACUCGAAGCAGCCCCAUCCCUGAACAGGAACACGAUGCGAGCUCGAAGCGCGCAGGUGGAGCAGAUUACGUUCGGAUCGUUGCGACACUGCGAGAGAUGGAGUGCUCGCUCUUGGAAGAGGCCAUGGCGUCUCUAGCAGAACAGCAAGCCGCCCUGCUUCUAGAAGACGAUGUGAGGGUGUAUCUCGGGUUGACGGAAGAUGUCCCAAUUGAGAAAUCGUCGGCUCAAGUGACCAAUGAGGAGCCGGAUUUCAGUUGA